GUCUCUGUAACUGCACUUUGAUGAUCUCAGAGUGAACAUUACAUUYAUUGGAACUCUGAAUCUCUCUCUGAGUCUCUGCUGAUCUGCUGAGACUUGUUCCUGGUCUCUGCCAAGGUUCUGGGYGGGACUAAUGAGAGAACAGCCCACCCCUCUCUGAGUCACCCCUGACAGUCAGCUACAUCUGUGAGGACACRGAGUUUUAACACCAGCACAACUGAGUCAGACUGGUCCAGAACCAGCCCUCACACUGGUUCUGACACAAGUCCUCCAGGGACUCAACAGGAAGGGAGGAGCAAAGGCCUCAAUGAGAGGCCGCAGGUCCUCACAGAGACACACAUUCCUCUGACACACACACAUCUGGAGAACAUCAGCCAGCAAUCAAACCAGACGGAGCCCUGAUGAGCCUCAGAGCUGACGAAGGCCGGACCAGGACUCCACCGAGCCUGGAAGGGUCCCACUAAUCCUGAUCCUGACCUGGACUGGACUGGACUGGUGGUGCUGCUGCAGCUGUUGUUCUGCAGCUGGAGGAAACAGGAAGCAGCUGUUGUGGAAAAAAAACCUGACAAGCACGCCAAGGACAAACCACAGAAGAGAAAAUGAAGCUGACUGUGACGACGCUCCUCUUCGUCUCCUCGCUGUCGUCCAUCCACAGCGUCUCUGUGACUCCGGAUCCYCCAGAGAACUGUUCUGGCAUGGGUUUACGUCUACGAAGCUUCCGGCUGGUAACAUACUGUAAUGUCACCACUCUAAAGGAGAAGCAGCUGAAGGAGAUCCAGGCACCAUCCACCAACCUUUACCCAGCGGUUCUGUACCUCCUGGCCUUCUGCGUGGGCUUACCCUCCAACCUGCUGGCUCUUUGGGUUCUUGUGUUCCGGACCAAACAUCUGCCAUCCACCGUGCUGCUCAUCAACCUGACCUUGGUAGAUCUUCUGCUGCUGAUGGUUCUGCCGUUUCGUAUCAUCUACCACCUUCGAGGGAACAACUGGGAGUUGGGGGAAUCUUUCUGCCGUUUAGUCACGGCCAUUUUUUACGGUAAUAUGUACRGCUCAAUCUGGUGUCUGGCCAUGGUGGCUUUGGACCGGUACCUGGCUUUGGUUCACCCUUUCAAAGCCAUGUCUCUGCGCAGCUGGAACGUUUCUGUAUGUUUGAGUGGAAUGGUAUGGGUGGUGAUGCUGGGUGCCAUGUUGCCCCUGCUGGUGUCCCAGCAGACCUACAAGUUGAUGGAGUUGAACAUCACCACCUGUCACGACGCACUGCCUGAGAAAAUCCAGGAUAACUACUUCCUGCCGUACUUCAGCACUCUGUUUGCGCUCUGCUUCCUGCUGCCCUUCGUCAUUGUGGUGUUCUGCCACAGUGCCGUGCUGCGAACCCUGCUGGUCGAAGGGAAGCAGUACACUCACGCCAUCGGGGUGACGGUGCUAGUGUUGGUGGUCUUCAUCGUGUGUCUGCUGCCCAGUAAUGUCCUCCUUCUGCUAACCUACACCGAAGGCUGGAUGGACGGAUUCGGCGAGGACCUCUACGUCCCCUACAUGAUUAGCUUAGCGUUUAGCACGUGGAACAGCUGCAUCGAUCCCUUCAUCUUCUACUUCGUGUCCUCGGAGUUCAGGCAGAAGGCCAGGGGCGCACUGUGUCGCUGCAGCCGAUGGGAAAGCCGAUCCUGUUCUCAAGGGAACAUGUCCUCAYCCUCAGCCAAGAGGUCAAAGGUCACCCUGCUGUCCGUAACCAACAGACAGCACACGUCUGAGACGGCUUUUCCAUGCCAACGAGACAAAGGGAUGUCACAUGACUGCUGACACGGGUUAGUUCUGAUUCCAUCAUGUCCGCCCAUCUAUCUGUUUUCUUUUCCUGCUUUUUCAGGUUUCAAAGCCACUGUAUGAGACGGGGGAAACCUGGACAGGUCUCCAGGGACAAGUGAGACAAACCACACCAAGGGACAAUUUAGAGUUACCAAUGUUUGUUUUCAGUCUGUGGGAAAAAACCGAAGUACACCACUGAGCCACCCGGUCAGCUGAUGUCAGACGUCUAAUAUUUAUUUUCAUGAUUUGGUUAACUUUUAGACAUUUAAAAUGCUUGGUAUCAUUUGUACUUUAUCUGCAAAAUGUCUUUGUAUAAACAUUUUACCUUUGUUUUUGUGAGGGGAAAUUUCAGGAAUCUGCAGGAAGUUCUUUAUCUGGUGAGAAAAGGAAGUGGCUGAGAUGACUUCCUGGUUGUCACUCAUCACACUCAGAUUUUCCUUUUUAUUUUAACCAACAUCAACAGAUAAGGAACUUUUUGAGACCAUUUUUAUUUUUUUAAACUUGUUCUGUCUGUUGCUGUAACCAGUUUCCUUUUUUCAUUAAUUAAUAAUUUUUUUCACGUUCUUUAAAUUUAAUUAAUAAAAGCCACCAUGCACUGCCUCAA